UGGAAUUACUUUUGCUUGUCGCUCCCUUCGCCGAUCAUCACCCACCCACCCCGGCCGUUACUUUCUACCGUAGGCCUUUGCAUUUUCUUGAAUUUGUCUGUGUUCACCGCCAUGCCAUCGCUGAUUCCUGUGCUCUGCAAAAGGAACUUCUGUUCAACCAACAAAAUUGCAGGACUCUUGUACAGUGGGAAAUAACCAGCUUACAGGAUUUACAGAUUUACAGAAUUUGCAUCUCAUGGAUCCACCUUCCAGCUUACAUUUUUUUUUUUCAGAAAAAUGAUUCUUCGUUUUACGGAAUUGUUAUAGAGUUGCAGAUUUCCCCCUAUGUUAGAGAGUUACAGAGAUUCGUAUGCUGGCCAUGAUAUCCUAUUUGCGACUGGUUGCAGAUUUAGUAAAUUUGCGAGGCUACAAAGCAUCCAAUGCAAUAGCAGGAAAGAAUCUCUGCAUGAGAUUUAGUUGCAGCACUGAUGAUGCUGUGGGCAUGAACAUGGAGCCCAAAGGCGUACAAAACGUCUUGAAUUUCCUUCAAAAUGGUUUCUUCUAUGCUUGUGGGUUACGGGUUUUAUGGCAAGAUCCCUUCAUAGCUUCACUCUAUCUUUUGAAAAUUUAAAGGAUGGUUGAGGGCAAAAGAGUCUUUUUAUCAUUUCAGUCAGAGAUAACGGCAUGGUAUUCUGACAAGGGUACUCUUUAGUCAAUUUCAGAAACCAAAGGAAAUGUUUUAGUAUUUCUCAGAUAUCAGAGGGGAGGUUUUAACUUUUCAGUAUUUAACUCGUUUGAAAAUCCCCAUUUAAAACUUUCCUUCUGGGCGUAAAAAUAAUCAUUCUUUCUUGGUUGAAGGACCGUAGGGGUUGGUAUGAUGUUCGAACUUGAGAUUGGUGGAGACUUUUGAAGGGCGAUGAACCGGUUGCAGAGCGAGAUCAAUAUUGGCUGUGGAGUGUGAACAUUGGAGAAUCAGAUCAGUCUUCUUCUUCUUCUUUUUAAAUCUGCUUUUGCCAUGCUUGGCUGGUUUGUGCCAAACUUUUGUUGGUAGAGAAGGGAUCACAUUCAGCCCACGCACUACUAAUGUGGCAUUGAGAUGAUAUUUUUUUUAUUUGAACCUACCUUGUUGGGGCUCUACUUGAAGUGUGCUUCUACUAGUCUGCAGAAUAUUUAAAUGGGAAAUCCCAUCUUCUAUGAUGGAGCAGAAACUGAAGUUGCUCAAAGUUUUGUCGUUCGGCUCCAUAAUAUUUUCUCUAAGGGUCUUCCUUUUGCAGCUCCAUUCUCCAAUUCAAGGAUAAAUGAACUUGAUCUGGUAAGAGGUGUUUUACAAAUGUUACAAGGUUUCUCCGGUUCACUGUUUUAUUGGGAUGACAGCAGGAGAAGUUUUUGUGCCAAAAAUGGCAUAUAUGUUUCCCACCUUUCUCAGACAAGUCUUAGUGGCAUUCUCAAUCAGUUUAUAUACAGUUCAACAUGCUUACAGCUGGUAGAAGCUUUCAUCAAGAAGGUAGAAAUGUCAUCUUUUAGAUCACCUCCUACCUUAAAGGCAUUUGCAAGUUCUGUUUCUGCAUGGCAUAAGAGGUUGCGAAGCAUUGCUCUGAAGGAGGAAAUGAAGAUAGCUGAAUCUGAUACAAUAACCACUCCAACCUUCCUGGGAUUAGCAAAUGCUUUGUCAAGUCUUUGCUCACGAGCUGAAUUUCUACUACAAGUAGUUCAUGGAGCAAUUCCAGGUGCUUAUUUUGAACCCAAUUCUUCUGUUCCAGCUGCUGAGGUGUCUGUUCAUAUCCUUGAUCAUCUUUAUAAGAAGUUAAAUGAAGUUUGUCUCGUGCAAGGUGGAGAGGAAGAAGCAUAUCAGAUGCUACUAUAUGUAUUUGUAGGGAGUUUACUUCCAUAUAUUGAAAGGCUUGAUUCCUGGCUUUAUGAUGGAGUUCUUGAUGAUCCAUUUGAAGAGAUGUUCUUCUAUGCCAAUGAAACAAUUGCAACUGAUCAAGCAACAUUCUGGGAAAAGAGCUAUCUACUGAGGCAAGUAUGUCAAAAAUUAAAUCCUGGGUCAUCUGUGGGUACUUGUUCCAAUGCUGGUGAGUCUGUGGCUGGUGACAAGAAGGGAAUGGCUGACAGAGAUCCCAUAUCACAUAGUUCUCUAAAGGGGAGAGAUCAGAAAGGAAUGGACCUUGAAGUCUGCCCUCUGUUCAUUAGGGACAUAGCAAAGGCCAUUGUGUCUGCGGGAAAAUCAUUACAGCUGAUCCGGCAUGUUCGAAGGGAAUACACAGCAAUAUCUGGUGUUGGCAGUGAUCAUGAUAUUGAUGAUUGCAUAAGAUCUAUAAGUAGAAGUAAUGCAAGUGAGCUGCAUCAUGGGAAGAGUGUAGGUGGGUUAACUUUGUCAGAGGUUUUCUGUAUAUCAUUGGUGGGUCUCAUAGGUGAUGGUGAUCACAUCUCUAAUUAUGUUAGACUGGAUGACUCAUGGAACCUUGUGAUGGCACAUUUGGUUGAAGCUUACAUGGACAAACAAAAGCUGGCCAAAGAAAAUGGGGUAAUCUCACCGGUUUCAGUCUGUUCAGAGAAGACUUGGUUUAAGUUCCUAUUGGAAACACUGUCCCAGAAAAAAGAUUUAGGGUCUGCAAUGAAGGAUGCAAAUUCCUUCCAUGAAGUGAAAAAGGAGAAAUUAACCACAAAUUUUGUGCAGGAAUCACCACUUGUUCAAUCAUUUUCUCCUGAAAAUCCCAUCAUUACCAUGUGCCAAACAUCUCUUGAUAAAAAUAGGGCCAUUUGGAAUAUGUUGAACUUAUCUAGAAAUUUACAUCUUCCUCCUCUGAAUGAUGAGAGCUUGAGGGAGGCUAUCUUUGGUGUGAAUAGUGGAAUAUCCCUUGCAGCCAAUGGAACAGAUUAUAGUUUUGGUUUUCAAUUUGGUGUGUCAGAAUAUAUUCAAUCACAGGGUGAUGCAAAGGCAAUAGAAACAUUAUUUUCUUUCUCAACUCUUCUUCCUUCUGUUCAGGAAAACCUCAGUAUAUCGGAGCUUUUACCAUUCCAGAAAAAUAGCACCUUAACAUCAAAAGUUCUCAAUUGGAUUGGAAGUGUUGAACCAAAGGAGACCCCACUUCCUCUGGUUAUUAUACAAGAAUGUCUUGUUAUCUACAUUAAGAAACAGGUGGACUGUAUAGGGAGGCAUAUCUUGUUGAAACUGAUGAAUGGUUGGCGAUUAAUGGAUGAACUUGGAGUAUUACGUGCUAUUUAUUUGUUAGGUUCAGGUGACAUGCUGCAGCAUUUUCUGGCUGUAGUUUUUGAUAAGCUAGAUAAGGCAGAAUUGUUGGAUGAUGAUUUUGAGUUGAACACCAUACUACAGGAAUCAAUUAGAAAUUCUGCUGAUAGGAUGCUUCUCAGUGCACCAGAUUCAUUGGUUGUGACAAUUACAAAAGGGCAUGACCCAGGUGGUGAUGUACAAAGUAUUGCAGCUAGCCCUGUCUCCACUCUUCAUAAAGGUCGCAACCACUGUUUUGGCAUUGAUGCCCUUGAUUUGCUGAAGUUCACAUACAAGGUCUCUUGGCCUCUAGAGCUUAUUGCUAAUACAGAGGCAAUUAAGAAAUACAAUCAGGUGAUGGGUUUCUUGUUGAAAGUGAAGCGUGCAAAAUUUGUUCUUGAUGAAACUCGAAGGUGGAUGUGGAAGGGUAGGGGCACUGCAACAAUCAAUCGCAAGCAUCACUGGUUAGUUGAGCAGAAACUCCUCCACUUUGUUGAUGCUUUUCACCAAUAUGUCAUGGAUAGAGUUUUUCACAGUGCAUGGCUUGAACUCUGCGAAGGUAUGGCAUCUGCUGGUUCUCUUGAUGAAGUCAGAGAAGUGCAUGAGGCCUAUCUAUUGUCUAUUCAGCGGCAGUGCUUUGUGGUUCCAGAUAAGUUGUGGGCCUUGAUUGCAAAUAGGAUCAAGAUAAUCCUUGGAUUAGCUCUUGACUUCUACUCCAUACAACAGACACUAAAUAGCAGUGGAGCAGCCCUUGCUAUCAAGGCGAGAUGUGAGAUGGAAAUUGACAGGAUUGAGAAACAAUUCGAUGAUUGCAUUGCAUUUCUUCUCAGAGUUCUAUCCUUCAAACUCAAUGUGGGUCACUUCCCUCAUUUAGCGGAUUUGGUUACCAGGAUCAACUACAACUACUAUUACAUGUCUGAUAGUGGGAACUUGCUUACGGUUCCUGGCUCUGAAACCAGUGCUUCCAGGUUGGGUAAGGCCUUCCCUGCAAGACCUGACUGAUGAGAAGAAGUUCUGCAUAUGGCGAGGUGCAAAUCAUCUCUGUUCUUCCACAAGUCUUGUACAGAAAUUGUUUCUCUAUAUUUUCUUUUAUCUUUUUCCUUUUAUUAUCAAGGUAAUCAAGAUACUACAUUAUGUAAACUUGUACAAGUUAACAAAUUUGUAGUACAGAGGAUGGAAUCAAAAGUUUUCCCAAGAUUUGGAAAACCUCGUAAAGAAAACAGAAUUAGGCAGAGUCCCAAUCAACAAUGUCAAUGCGGUCCACUUGUAAUCUCUGGAGUUGGAAAUCGGUAUUAUGUACAGGGUCCAUCAUCUCCGUCAACUCGGCUCUCCAGCAUCAAAAGGGCAAAAUCAGUCCAAAUUCUA